AUCGAUUUUCAUUUUGACUAAUCAAAGGUAAUUGCUUAUCACACCAAUCACUAUCAAGAUAAGAAGAAGGGUCACUCAUUAUUAUCAAUGCAUAGUGCAACAAACAGUUUCUUUAGAUAACACAAUAAAAACCUCAUAAAGAAAAGCAUUGAAGAAAGUUUAGUUUAGAAGAAUAAAUAAUAAUAAUUGUUUCCAUUUUGAUGAGAUUAUGGAAAACUACAACAAUGAUUCUUCUGAGUGGCAGCAACAACAGCAGCAACAUAAGCAUUGGUCUCAAUACAGUUGUGAUGAUCAUUCACAGUUUCCAACACAAAUUCUUCCUCAUAAUGUUUCUGACUCUUCUUCUGGUUCUUUUCAAUAUAGUGAGUUUCAUUCAUGGCCUUUACCUAUUGAAGAAAGUUUAGAAGAUAGAGCUGUAAGUGCUUCUAAGAGUCAUAGUCAAGCUGAGAAAAGACGCAGAGAUAGGAUUAAUACUCAACUUGCUAAUCUUAGAAAACUUAUUCCUAAGUCUGAUAAGAUGGACAAGGCAGCUUUACUAGGGAGUGUGAUAGAUCAAGUAAAAGAUCUAAAGCGAAAAGCAAUGGAUGUUAGCAAAGUCAUAACAGUUCCAACUGAAAUUGAUGAAGUAUCAAUAGACUACAACCAUGUUGAAGAUGAAACCAACAAUAACAAACUAAACAAAUUCAAAAACAAUAUCAUCAUCAAAGCUUCUGUUUGUUGCGACGAUCGACCGGAACUUUUCUCCGAAUUAAUCCAAGUCCUCAAAGGUUUAAGACUCACAACAGUUAAAGCUGACAUAGCAAGUGUUGGUGGAAGAAUCAAAAGUAUAUUAAUACUUUGUUCUAAGGAUAGUGAAGAAAAUGUUUGCAUUAAUACUCUUAAACAGUCCCUUAAAUCAGCUGUGACAAAAAUUGCUUCAUCAUCAAUGGUAUCUAAUUGUCCUACUAGAAGUAAGAGGCAAAGGUUUUUCUUGCCUUCUCAUUUUGUAUAGUAAUUUGUUGCAAAAAAAUUAUUUUAUAUUCA